AUGUACAGAAUUGUGGUAGAAGGUCAAAGUGAUGAGGACUUUAGUAGCCAAGAAAAUGAAGAAAUAACAAAAAGAAAACAAAGACCAUUACCGCCACAAAACGGAUGGAUAUCAAACGUCACGGAGAAUAGUUUUAAAGUGCACUGGGACAAUGGCAAACUGUCGUAUACAUCAGUUAGACUCUUUGUAAAGCCGUAUAACCAGACUGAAAGUUGCAAUUAUUCGUGUGGGAGAGACGACUGUUACAAAAAUCACAACAACGAAUGCACUUUUGGAGUAGACAAUAAAAUUAAAGAACAAUAUUUUGAGGUUAUUGGUUUAACGGCUGGAACAAGAUAUGAAGUGAAUAUUUAUAGCUUUAUACAAGGGCUAAACAGUGAGACGUCUUUUCCAAUAUUAUCUUACACUGUACCAUUGCUACCAGCACAAAUAUUUGCUCCAUUAGACAAAAGACAAAGUAACUCCUUCGUUAUACGUAUCAAUGACCACAGUCCGAAGUUUAAAUUUUGGAUUGUGCAUGUAUCAAAUAACUCAACAUUUAUUACCAAAAAGAACCAAUCAUUUGAAUGUGUUGAUAUGCUUAUUGAGGAUUUAAAACCAGGGACUCCGUACAAUGUAUCAAUAACAACAGAAGUUCCGGGUUUUACAAGCAACAGUGAAAACGCUUCAACUGUAUAUACACGGCCAGGCGACAUUCAGUCUGUUUUAAUACCUCGGCAAUUAGUACAUGAAACAAACUUUACUAUUAGUUAUAAAACAUUGGAUCAGAAGUAUGAUGAAAUAGAGAUAAGAAUUUGCCCGUGCAAUUACUCUCUUGUAUGUAAUUAUACUAUAUGUAAGAAUACUAUCAUCAAAUACAAUGGAGAUAAUUUGAUUUCCCUUGCUGAAAAUUUGACUGUCUCUACAUUUUACAAUGUCUUUGUUCGAACGGCUUUGAAUUCUACAACACCAAGACUUACAAGUUCAAAUUUUAGGAUUGCAUCAUCUUAUACAGCUCCAGAAAAGCCCAUGGCUUCUCUUCUGUAUAGUGAUUUUAGAAGUGUAACGCUGAAUCUUACCGGAAAUGAUCAGAAACUGUUUGAUAAUUAUACAAUAUACUAUCAAAAUUCUGUACAAAAUAUAACAAUUUCAAAGGAAGACAAAUCUGCAAAGAUUGUAGAUCUAAUUCCAGGCACUUCAUACACUUUUAGAGUAUACGCGGUACUAACAGAGAUUAUCUCUGAUCGAUACGGAAAUGUUACAACGUAUACACGGCCUUUAAACGUCACAUCUAUGUCAGUUUUAAAAACAACAAAUGAAUCAUUGACUAUCCAGUGGGAACCGCCAUCUGAAGGUCAUGUUGAAACAUACAAAGUGCAGGUUUCAUGUGUAUCGCCUUAUGAAGAAAGUGUUGCGAAAAUAAAGUACUAUUUAAUGCAAUCAUCAAGUACCGUGAUCGAAGGUUUGAAACCGGGUACUUCAUGCAAAGCAAAUGUAACUACUUCUGUCGGGGAUAUUGAUGGAAUAAGCAGUGUGUUUGAGCUUGAGAAAACUACAAAUGAAAUGGCACCAGGUGUGGUUACUUUAGAAAAUAUUGAAACUGAUAGAGAAACUUUGUUUUUGUCAUGGCAUAAGCCAAGAAUGACAAAUGGAUUUAUUAGAAAGUAUCAACUUGUGAUCAAGGACACAUAUGGCAAUUGUUUACAAAGGAAAUAUUCAUAUUUCAAUUGCUCGUCUGAUUCUUGUAAUUUUGAGUCGCCAACAUAUUGUAAGGAUUCUGACGAUAUAGAAGACAGUGUAUUGUGUUCAGAGUCCCAAAGUGAAAUUACAUCCGACCUUACAACACUUACAACCACGAGUCAGAAUGUAACAGAAUUGUUAUCCUUUUGGAAUUACAGUAUUGAAAUACAAGCGUUUACAAAAUGUUGGGGGAAGUCUUUGUUAAAAUAUAUUCGGACAAAGACCGACAAGCCGGGAAAAGUUUCUUAUUUGAAGGUAGAAACAGAGGAAGAUGUCACAAAACAGAGAUCUGUUAAUGUAACGUGGAAUGAACCAGACAUCAGGAAAAGAAAUGGCAUCAUUCUGAACUAUCACAUAGAAAUCAUAAACAAUAGUAAUGCAUCAGUAUGUUCCAACACCACUGACAAUUCUACAUUGUUCUAUAAAUGUACAAGAUUGUUCCCUGGUAAUUAUUCUGUGCAGGUUUGUGCUAAAACAAGUGCUGGAAAAGGUUCUGUAGUUACGGAAAUUGUAUUUGUUCAGCCGGGUGCUCCGUUACGGAUCAAUGAAUCAGAGGUUGGUCAACUUAUGAUGCCUAGUGACGAUCAACCCAUGGAUACAGAGAGACAAAUAGCUGUCAGGCUACCAUUAAAAACAUUCCUCUGUAAACCCAGUAAUGGAUAUCCGACAAAGUGGGGCUUGAUUGUUGCACAAAAUGACCAAGCAACAGAUGAGCCAUUUUUUGGAAGUGUUCUGAAUUUCACAGACAGAAUAUCAAAAGUUUAUAAAACGUGGUUUGAAGUAAAGGAUAUGGAUUCUAUUAAACCUUACUUGGCAACAUAUCUUAAUCUUACGGACUCUUGUCAACAUAUUAAUGGUGGUACCCGGAAAAGGCGAAGUGUAACGCAGCGUGAUGUCGAAACGUAUCAAAGAUUUGUUGUAGGACUGGAUGGCAAGUGUUCAGGCAAACAAACUGACCGGUUUUGUAAUGGUGAAUUACAACCAGGGCGUAGAUACAGGGUGAAAACGUUUGCUUGUACAAUAAAUGGGUGCACUGAGACGGAGUACUCAAAUCCUAUAUCAACAGAUCCAGAUCUUACAGUUGCUAUAGCAUCUGGUAUAUCCUCGGCAAUAGUUGUCCUAGCCAUUGUUGGUGUUGUGGUUUUCUUUCUGAGAAGAAAACAGUUGGCUUGUUUCUCGAAAGAUGAAGGUAGACUGGUUACACAGUCUCCAGAUGAAGGAAUUCAUCUUGAUAAAAUUGAACACACAAAAAAGAACCCUUCCAGGUAG